UUGUUACUUGGGUAAGGCUGCUGUCCCAUAAUCCGCGAUUUGUUUCGGACCCGGAGAUCCGGAAUCUAGGGAUUUUCCGAAGUGCCAAUCAGAGGCGUUCCGGUCAUUUUAGUAGUCCGUAUGCAUUGCAGGCCUUUGUCAAGUGUCACGAAAUGGAUCUAUGUGUUUGUUUGAGACAGUUAAGUGUGCGUCGGCAUCACGUUGAAGCCAGCAUCUUUUUUGAACUUUAUCCGUUGCAAAAUAAAGUAAAAAAUAUAUUAAAAAUACGAUUUCAAGAAAACAAACAGAAAAAAAAAAAACGAGUAUGGAUCCGUCAGCAGGUCCACCUGUGAAAUGCGGAUACUGCGGCUGGUUGAUCCAAGGUUGUGCAAAUAUAGUACAACGUAAGUCCUUGGAACACUAUGAUGACAGUCACUUUCUUAGGGUCGACGAUAACUUAGUGGUAACUCUAAUUAACAGGAAAGAUGAUGCUACGCAGGUUGUAGUCUCACAAGAGGUCCCUGAUGAUAGUCCUGACACCGACGAACUCUUGAUACAAGCUGUUGUCGCCCGACCGGCUCUAAACAAUAUAAAAUUCCCUGUUAGAGAAAGAACAAAAUUAAAAAAAGACGCGCUUUGGUUGGAGAUUAGUAAUAUAUUAGGAGAACUUCAAGUAAUAUUGGUGAUCCACCUCCAUCGUCUGACUAUAGCGGCUGCUCGGGUGUGUCAUGCAAUCCCACUGUUGGAUACAGUGCGGCUUUUUGCAGCCCUUCUCCGUCCACCACCACCACCAGUACGUUGGCAUCACCAUCACCACCUCCCAGGACUCCGACACCAGGGGGAAAGAGUUCGUAUAUACUCCAAGUAUUGCUAUUCUGUUUUACGCACUCCAUCAUGUUCUAAUAUGUGUCUUUUGUGGAGAGGAAGAUAGAUGAUAAAAACGCGGAGUUGCGCUCUGCGUUGGUGGCCUUACUCCAACAACCUGCACCACAACCGGACGCAGUGGAUGGUUUUCUGGCUCGUCUAGGCGAAGACCUACGACGAAUCCCAUAUAGAAAGAGAGCGGUAUCAGAGAUGAAAUAUCUCACUAUGCUGAUGGAAGUCGGAGACACGCUCAAUAUUGUAACGUGGCGUACGAUGUUCCCUAUCUAGCCUAUAAGAAAUAGGAUUAUUUGAUAUAAAAUUAAUAAAAUUAAAAAUAAUUCUCUAAAGCCGUAUGGGUGACCACCAGUGAGGAUGCAUUCAUUUGUCUUGGAAAACGGGUGCCUCGUAGGAACCGUGAUAGCCAUGAAAAAUCAAAUACUAAAUGUAUCGGUUCAAUUCGCAACCGAUAGAGGGCCAAACAAAGCAGGUCACUCAUUAAAGAAGAUCUCCCAAGGUAAUUUAAUGAACUGCCCAAUUUUCCAUGUCAAGUGUGCUCUACUACCCUACCAAGAGUUGUCGGUCUCCGACUUUCCACUCGACAGUUUUUAAUCUAGAAGUUGGUUGACCAGCAUCGCGGAUUGUACCUCGGUUCUUCUGCCUGUCUCGGCUUCCCAUUCGACUUGUUUGUAUUUUCUGGAUUCUGUCUGUUUCCGGCAUCGCGGAUCGUACCUCGGUCUUUCUGCCUAUCCGGCUUACACAAUCCAUAUAUUUCUGAGUAAAUUCACAUAAAUAAAAUCCUUAACUUCAAGUUAAUAGUCAUGAUCAGAGGUUUGAUAAGAAUCCCUUAACCGGUAAAAAAGGGGUAUAGCCACCAACAAGGGUGAUUAACAGCAUCGCGGACAGAGCUUCGGCCUCUCUGCCAGUCUAGUUUUCCCCUUCACUUAGAUUAAUAAAUCCUGAGAAAUUAAUCCAAAUAUUAUAUCAAAACAUAUUCCUGUUCAAAUUUAGUUAUAGUGUUCAAAACUUGAUUAUUAUUCCUUGAUGAAAAUAAAUAUCCUUGUUUGAUCUUUUCUUCCUGCGUGUCCUUGGUUCCUAAUUUAUUCAGUUCACCUAGGAUGUAUUAUCAAACGCCUGAGUUUCUAUUUCAUUGAAUUUCAUUAAUCGUUACAACGAUUUGGCGCCCAACAUAAAAUGUUUAAAAAAAAAAAGUCCAAGCUCGACGGGAGAAGCGUAGCAAUAUAUAUACGUAUAAGAACAGCUCCAACAGAAUUUCAGACCGAUUAUGUAGACAAUUAAUGUUGUCUUCGAUGAAAAGGAUGGUUCCAAAAAAUUUUCUAUCGUUAGCAAUCGCCUAACUUUCUGAAAAAUAAACUCAAAUUAUUUUUUCAAACGUGACGUUCUUCUUUAGAGUCUGAGAAACACACGAUAAUUGAUUCAAAUCUUUACAUUGAUAUU